UUUUAUUCAAUUGCCUACGUCAUCUUAUUAUCAGUCCAUUGUCCCUACACUACUAUCCCACGAAAUCGGUCAUCAGACGGACCUGCUGCGGUGAAUCACAAUGUGGAUACUUCCCCUUCUAGGGUACCUGGGUGUGAUUGUUGGAUUUGCCUUUCUUACUUUAGCAAUAGCCUCCGGUCUCUACUACCUGUCGGAACUUGUUGAAGAACACACCGUUCUUGCUCGUCGAUUGCUGUCGCGCUUGAUAUACGGCAUCAUCAUAAUCCAGAUAUUCCUCUUUGCGUUCGACCGGUUCCCCUUUUCUCUAUCUCUCCUCAGUAUUUUGUCGCACCUCGUUUACGCAAGCAAUCUACGACGAUUUCCCAUCGUCAAGCUAUCGGAUCCUCUUUUCAUCCUUUCUUGCAUGUUAGUUGGUCUGAACCAUUGGCUAUGGUUUCGUCACUUUUCCAAGCCGCUGUCGCCGUCGCGUGUUGGAACCAAUUGGCGCCAGCCGUAUCAAGCCUACCCUGAGGAUAUGCCAAACUUCACCGAAGUCGCUUCUUAUUUCGGGCUUUGUGUCUGGCUUGUUCCGUUUGCCCUCUUUGUUAGCCUCAGCGCUGGCGAGAAUGUUUUGCCUAGCAUGGGUUCUGAAUAUGCAACAGGGGAGCAUGUUUCUACUCCUGGACUGGCUCGCAGUGCUCUAUCCUCUGACGGCAAGGUUAAUAAAAAUAAAGGAAUGGCCAAGGCCUUGGUCGACGGUUUACGAGACUGGGUUAAGGAAAAUGGCGAGGUAAUGGGGUUUUGGAGGGGUGAACAGACACGAAGAUUUUAAAUGAAUGAUUAGAAGCUAUUCUGAGACGAAAUAGUGAUUACAUCACUUCAAUGUAUUGAAUACUUUUUUAUAUCUUCACAGACAGAGAGAGAGA